UUUCAACGGCGGCCUCGUCCUUGUAGUCGAUUGGAUUACUUUUGUUUUGCAAUUUAGCGUUUAUUUACAAAUAUUGUGGCAAUAAUGCUGAUUAAAGUUGCUCAAAUUCCUAUGUGAUAUGAAAAGAAACGUUGUAUUUAGUUCGUGAUUAUAAAAUUUGCGCAUAUAUUAAUUAUAAUUAAUUCACAGUUGAUUGAAUCGAAUUAAUUAUGGCGGCUUUAGUAGCUGUCUUGGUGUAUUUCCUGGCCCUGGCCCAUGCGAAGGAUCCGACGAUAGAAGAGGAAGAACUAAACGCCUACAACCUGAUCCUAUCCAUCAACGAAAAAAUGGAGAAGAACUUGAACAGGAAAACCCUGGCAGAAUGGGCGUACGCCUCCAAUUUGACCAAAGCCAACUUAGAUCAUAACCUGGCGGUGUCUACGGAGGUGGCGAACUUCCAGAAGGAAAUCUGGCGCCAGGUGAACCAGUACAACUGGCAGCAAUUCUCCGAUUACAGCCUGAGGCGGCAGUUUUGGUACUACUCCGUCAUCGGCGAACCCGCCCUGCCCGAAGCCAAAUACAAGAUGCUGACGAAGCUGGUCAGCGACAUGGAGAGCAUCUAUUCCACGGCCAAAAUCUGCGAGUUGAACAAUCCCAACAAAUGCGAUUUAGCAUUGGAACCAGAUUUAACGAACAUAAUGGCCACAUCGAACGACGAGAAGGAACUGAAGCACGUUUGGAUCGAAUGGAGGAACAGCGUAGGACCCAAAUGCAAGGAUUCCUACAAAUCCUACGUGGAACUGUCCAACGAAUCCGCGCGAUUGAACAACUUCACCGAUCAAGGGGAAUUCUGGCUGAAGGACUACGAGGAUCCCAACAUCAAGGAGCAAAUCCAAGGGCUGUGGGAGCAACUCAGACCUCUGUAUCUCCAAAUACACGCCUACGUGCGGUUCAAGCUCAGGGAGAAAUUCGGAGAUUUGAUAUCGGAGAAGGGACCCAUUCCGGCCCAUUUGUUGGGCAACAUGUGGGGCCAAACUUGGGACAACAUCGCCGAAAGGACCUUGCCCUAUCCGGACGUGGAAACCAUCGAUUACACAGCUGCCAUGCUGAAGCAGAAUUACACGCCCAUCAAGAUCUUCAAAACGGCGGAGCAGUUCUUCAAAUCCAUCAAUCUCACGGAAAUGCCGGAGACGUUUUGGAAGAAUUCCAUUCUCGAGAAACCCGCCGACAGGGAGCUGAUUUGCCACGCCUCGGCCUGGGACUUUUACGACCAGAAAGAUUUCCGGAUCAAGCAAUGCACCGAUGUAACCUACGAGCAAAUGAAUACGGCUCACCACGAAAUGGGCCACAUCGAGUACUUCUUGCAGUACAAAGAUCAACCUGUACCGUUCAGAAACGGAGCUAACGAUGGUUUCCACGAAGCUGUAGGCGAUUGCAUAUCGCUGUCGUUCGAAACGACCAAACACCUCAAGAAAAUCGGCUUGAUUUCCUCGGCUAGCCAAGAUUCGAAGACAGUUUUGAAUAAUUUGUACAGGGUGGGAUUGGCCAAAAUAGCCUUCCUGCCGUUCGGCUAUCUGAUGGACCUCUGGCGAUGGGAUGUAUUCUCUGGAAAAACAACACCGGAUAACUACAACUGCAAGUGGUGGGAGCUGAGGGAGAAGUACCAAGGCUUGGAGCCGCCUGUCGAUAGAUCUGAGGAGGAUUUCGAUCCCGCUGCCAAGUACCACAUCAUCGCCGACGUGCCUUAUCUCAGGUACUUCAUCAGUUUCGUGGUCCAAUUCCAGUUCCACAGGGCGCUCUGCGAGAAAGCCGGCCAAUACGAACCCAAUAACGCCAAGAAGCCUCUGCACGAGUGCGAUAUCUACGAGAACACCGAAGCCGGAAAUGCUUUAAAGAAAAUGCUGUCGAUGGGUUCGUCCAGACCGUGGCCGGACGCGAUGGAAGCCAUCACUGGUCAAAGGAAAAUGGACGCCAGCGGCCUCCUGGAGUACUUCAAACCCCUGCAGGAGUGGCUGGAAGCGGAGAACAAGAAAAACGGGGUUUUCAUCGGUUGGGAGAAGACCAAAAGAGUAUGCGUUAGAAAUAGACAGGAACUGAAAACCGGCGCGUCGGAUGAGUAAACGAGAAACUUUUCGCGAAGGUGGAAUUUUUGUUUUUGUAAAUUAUCCGCGUUUUAUUCGCUGACUUUAUAAUAUUUAUUUAGGUAAUUCGAAUUUGUAGAAAAAAAAAUGUCCAAAAAAAAAAAAUAAUAAUAAAUUUCGUGUAUACUUACUUGUGGGUUGGUUUUAUU